UAUUGUGUGUUUCACGUAUAAGUUACCAGUUUAACAAACAACAGAUAGUAUAAAUUAAAUUUGGAGUUUUUAAUUUGAUAGUGCAUAAUCAGCUUGAUGGCGAAUUGUUGCUUGACAACAUGAAGUCGAUACUUUAUAUUUCAGCCUUACUUUUUAUGUCUCAUCCAGCAUGGAGUACAACCCCUGUUCGUGAUCCAUGCGUCUGUACUAGAAUUUAUAAGCCAGUCUGUGGUAGUGACGGCAAGACAUACGGCAGCGAUUGCGUACUCUCCUGUAAAAAUUCAGAACUGCAUAAAUCACACCAUAUUAAAAAAUUAUAUGAUGGUGAGUGUAAAGAACCAUUGCAUCCAUGCAUUUGUCCCACUAUCUAUCAACCUGUGUGUGGUAGCGAUGGUAAAACUUAUAACAAUGCUUGCGAACUGAAAUGUAAAAACGACGAACUGAAAAGAAAAAAUCAACCUUGUGUAGAAGAAGUCAGCAAGGGUAAGUGCAAGUCACCUUGUAUAUGUCCUUUAAAUUUGGCACCUGUAUGUGGAGAUGAUGGAAACACUUAUAGUAAUAAAUGUGUACUAGAUUGUAAAAACAAAGAAGAAAAAUGUAACAUAAAAGUAGCUUAUACAGGAGAAUGUUCUGAUUUGUGUCCGUGUCCCGCAAAUUUGGCACCAGUUUGUGGAGAUGAUGGAGAAACCUACAGCAAUAAAUGUUUACUAGAAUGUCGAAACAAGAAGUUGAAACGAGAAGGUAAAAAACUAAUUACUAUCGCUAGCAAAGGCGAAUGCCCUGAUAUUUGUUUAUGCACUGCUGAUUAUAAUCCCGUUUGCGGAAGUGACGGAAACACAUAUAGUAAUAAAUGUGUCUUGGGGUGUAAAAAUAAAGAACAAAAAAGAAAAGGAGGAAAGCAUAUAACAGUCGCAUAUAAAGGAGAAUGUUCUGAUGUAUGUGCAUGUCCAUUAAAUAUUGACCCCAUAUGUGGCACUGAUGGAAAAACCUAUUCUAAUCAAUGUGAUCUUGAUUGUAAAAAUAAAAAAGGAAACCAAAAUAUAACAGUCGCUUAUGAAGGAGAAUGUUCUGAUUUAUGUGCAUGUCCAUUCAACUAUGACCCUAUAUGUGGAACUGAUGGCAAAACUUAUUCUAAUCAAUGUGAUCUUGAUUGUGAAAAUAAUAAGCGAAAGAAAAAUAACCAGCCAAUUGUGAAAGUCUUCAGUUCAGGUCCGUGCACUGAGAAAUGCAUGUGCACUGCAAUUUCAGACCCAGUGUGUGGAGAUGAUGGGAACACGUACACCAAUAAAUGUGUUCUAGAUUGUAAAAAUAAAGAAGAAAAGUGUAACAUAAAAGUUGCUUAUAACGGAGAAUGUUCUGAUUUAUGUCCAUGUCCCACAAUUUUGCUACCAGUUUGUGGAGAUGAUGGAGAAACCUACAGCAAUAAAUGUUUACUGGAAUGUCGAAACAAAAAGUUGAAACGAGAAGGUAAAAAACUAAUUAGUAUUGCUAGCAAAGGCGAAUGCCCUGAUAUAUGUGCAUGCACUGCUGACUACAAUCCCGUUUGCGGAAGUGACGGAAACACAUAUAGUAAUAAAUGUGUAUUGGGAUGUAAAAAUAAAGAACAACAAAAACAAGGAGGAAAACAUAUAACUAUAGCAUAUAAAGGCGAAUGCCCUGAUGAGUGCACAUGCACUGCCGACUAUAAUCCCGUAUGCGGAAGUGACGGAAAAACCUACUCUAAUCAAUGUGAUCUUGAUUGUAAUAAUAAAAAAGGAAACCAAAAUAUAACAGUCGCCUAUAAAGGAGAAUGUACUGAUAUAUGCCCAUGUCCCACUAUUUUGGCACCAGUUUGUGGAGAUGAUGGAGAAACCUAUAGCAAUGAAUGUUUACUAGAAUGUCGAAACAAAAAGUUGAAACGAGAAGGUAAAAAACUAAUUACUAUCGCUAGCGAAGGCGAAUGCCCUGAUAUUUGUUUAUGCACUGCUGAUUAUAAUCCCGUUUGCGGAAGUGACGGAAACACAUAUAGUAAUAAAUGUGUAUUGGGAUGUAAAAAUAAAGAACAACAAAAACAAGGAGGAAAACAUAUAACUAUAGCAUAUAAAGGCGAAUGCCCUGAUGAGUGCACAUGCACUGCUGACUAUAAUCCUGUUUGCGGAAGUGACGGAAACACAUAUAGUAAUAAAUGUGUUUUGGGGUGCAAAAAUAAAGAACAACAAAAACAAGGAGGAAAACAUAUAACUGUAGCAUAUAAAGGAGAAUGUUCUGAUGUAUGUGCAUGUCCUCUAAAUAUUGACCCCAUAUGUGGAACUGAUGGUAAAACUUAUUCUAAUCAAUGUGUUCUUGAUUGUGAAAAUAAAAAAGGAAACCUAAAUAUAACAGUCGCUUAUGAAGGAGAAUGUUCUGAUGUAUGUGCAUGUCCUCUUAAUAUUGACCCUAUAUGUGGAACUGAUGGUAAAACUUAUUCUAAUCAAUGUGAUCUUGAUUGUAAAAAUAAAAAAGUAAACCUAAAUAUAACAGUCGCUUAUGAAGGAGAAUGUUCAGAUUUAUGUCCAUGUCCCACUAAUUUGGCACCAGUUUGUGGAGAUGAUGGAGAAACCUAUAGCAAUAAAUGUUUACUGGAAUGUCGAAACAAAAAGUUGAAACGAGAAGGUAAAAAACUAAUUAGUAUUGCUAGCAAAGGCGAAUGCCCUGAUGAGUGCACAUGCACUGCUGACUAUAAUCCUGUUUGCGGAAGUGACGGAAACACAUAUAGUAAUAAAUGUGUUUUGGGGUGCAAAAAUAAAGAACAACAAAAACAAGGAGGAAAACAUAUAACUGUAGCAUAUAAAGGAGAAUGUUCUGAUGUAUGUGCAUGUCCUCUAAAUAUUGACCCCAUAUGUGGAACUGAUGGUAAAACUUAUUCUAAUCAAUGUGUUCUUGAUUGUGAAAAUAAAAAAGGAAACCUAAAUAUAACAGUCGCUUAUGAAGGAGAAUGUUCUGAUGUAUGUGCAUGUCCUCUUAAUAUUGACCCUAUAUGUGGAACUGAUGGUAAAACUUAUUCUAAUCAAUGUGAUCUUGAUUGUAAAAAUAAAAAAGUUAACCUAAAUAUAACAGUCGCUUAUGAAGGAGAAUGUUCAGAUUUAUGUCCAUGUCCCACUAAUAUGGCACCCGUUUGUGGAGAUGAUGGAGAAACCUAUAGCAAUGAAUGUUUACUAGAAUGUCGAAACAAAAAGUUGAAACGAGAAGGUAAAAAACUAAUUACUAUCGCUGGCGAAGGCGAAUGCCCUGAUAUUUGUUUAUGCACUGCUGAUUAUAAUCCCGUUUGCGGAAGUGACGGAAACACAUAUAGUAAUAAAUGUGUAUUGGGAUGUAAAAAUAAAGAACAACAAAAACAAGGAGGAAAACAUAUAACUAUAGCAUAUAAAGGCGAAUGCCCUGAUGAGUGCACAUGCACUGCCGACUAUAAUCCCGUAUGCGGAAGUGACGGAAAAACCUACUCUAAUCAAUGUGAUCUUGAUUGUAAUAAUAAAAAAGGAAACCAAAAUAUAACAGUCGCCUAUAAAGGAGAAUGUACUGAUAUAUGCCCAUGUCCCACUAUUUUGGCACCAGUUUGUGGAGAUGAUGGAGAAACCUAUAGCAAUGAAUGUUUACUAGAAUGUCGAAACAAAAAGUUGAAACGAGAAGGUAAAAAACUAAUUACUAUCGCUAGCGAAGGCGAAUGCCCUGAUAUUUGUUUAUGCACUGCUGAUUAUAAUCCCGUUUGCGGAAGUGACGGAAACACAUAUAGUAAUAAAUGUGUAUUGGGAUGUAAAAAUAAAGAACAACAAAAACAAGGAGGAAAACAUAUAACUAUAGCAUAUAAAGGCGAAUGCCCUGAUGAGUGCACAUGCACUGCUGACUAUAAUCCUGUUUGCGGAAGUGACGGAAACACAUAUAGUAAUAAAUGUGUUUUGGGGUGCAAAAAUAAAGAACAACAAAAACAAGGAGGAAAACAUAUAACUGUAGCAUAUAAAGGAGAAUGUUCUGAUGUAUGUGCAUGUCCUCUAAAUAUUGACCCCAUAUGUGGAACUGAUGGUAAAACUUAUUCUAAUCAAUGUGUUCUUGAUUGUGAAAAUAAAAAAGGAAACCUAAAUAUAACAGUCGCUUAUGAAGGAGAAUGUUCUGAUGUAUGUGCAUGUCCUCUUAAUAUUGACCCUAUAUGUGGAACUGAUGGUAAAACUUAUUCUAAUCAAUGUGAUCUUGAUUGUAAAAAUAAAAAAGUAAACCUAAAUAUAACAGUCGCUUAUGAAGGAGAAUGUUCAGAUUUAUGUCCAUGUCCCACUAAUUUGGCACCAGUUUGUGGAGAUGAUGGAGAAACCUAUAGCAAUAAAUGUUUACUGGAAUGUCGAAACAAAAAGUUGAAACGAGAAGGUAAAAAACUAAUUAGUAUUGCUAGCAAAGGCGAAUGCCCUGAUGAGUGCACAUGCACUGCUGACUAUAAUCCUGUUUGCGGAAGUGACGGAAACACAUAUAGUAAUAAAUGUGUUUUGGGGUGCAAAAAUAAAGAACAACAAAAACAAGGAGGAAAACAUAUAACUGUAGCAUAUAAAGGAGAAUGUUCUGAUGUAUGUGCAUGUCCUCUAAAUAUUGACCCCAUAUGUGGAACUGAUGGUAAAACUUAUUCUAAUCAAUGUGUUCUUGAUUGUGAAAAUAAAAAAGGAAACCUAAAUAUAACAGUCGCUUAUGAAGGAGAAUGUUCUGAUGUAUGUGCAUGUCCUCUUAAUAUUGACCCUAUAUGUGGAACUGAUGGUAAAACUUAUUCUAAUCAAUGUGAUCUUGAUUGUAAAAAUAAAAAAGUUAACCUAAAUAUAACAGUCGCUUAUGAAGGAGAAUGUUCAGAUUUAUGUCCAUGUCCCACUAAUAUGGCACCCGUUUGUGGAGAUGAUGGAGAAACCUAUAGCAAUGAAUGUUUACUAGAAUGUCGAAACAAAAAGUUGAAACGAGAAGGUAAAAAACUAAUUACUAUCGCUGGCGAAGGCGAAUGCCCUGAUAUUUGUUUAUGCACUGCUGAUUAUAAUCCCGUUUGCGGAAGUGACGGAAACACAUAUAGUAAUAAAUGUGUAUUGGGAUGUAAAAAUAAAGAACAACAAAAACAAGGAGGAAAACAUAUAACUAUAGCAUAUAAAGGCGAAUGCCCUGAUGAGUGCACAUGCACUGCCGACUAUAAUCCCGUAUGCGGAAGUGACGGAAAAACCUACUCUAAUCAAUGUGAUCUUGAUUGUAAUAAUAAAAAAGGAAACCAAAAUAUAACAGUCGCCUAUAAAGGAGAAUGUACUGAUAUAUGCCCAUGUCCCACUAUUUUGGCACCAGUUUGUGGAGAUGAUGGAGAAACCUAUAGCAAUGAAUGUUUACUAGAAUGUCGAAACAAAAAGUUGAAACGAGAAGGUAAAAAACUAAUUACUAUCGCUAGCGAAGGCGAAUGCCCUGAUAUUUGUUUAUGCACUGCUGAUUAUAAUCCCGUUUGCGGAAGUGACGGAAACACAUAUAGUAAUAAAUGUGUAUUGGGAUGUAAAAAUAAAGAACAACAAAAACAAGGAGGAAAACAUAUAACUAUAGCAUAUAAAGGCGAAUGCCCUGAUGAGUGCACAUGCACUGCCGACUAUAAUCCCGUAUGCGGAAGUGACGGAAAAACCUACUCUAAUCAAUGUGAUCUUGAUUGUAAUAAUAAAAAAGGAAACCAAAAUAUAACAGUCGCCUAUAAAGGAGAAUGUACUGAUAUAUGCCCAUGUCCCACUAUUUUGGCACCAGUUUGUGGAGAUGAUGGAGAAACCUAUAGCAAUGAAUGUUUACUAGAAUGUCGAAACAAAAAGUUGAAACGAGAAGGUAAAAAACUAAUUACUAUCGCUAGUGAAGGCGAAUGCCCUGAUAUUUGUUUAUGCACUGCUGAUUAUAAUCCCGUUUGCGGAAGUGACGGAAACACAUAUAGUAAUAAAUGUGUAUUGGGAUGUAAAAAUAAAGAACAACAAAAACAAGGAGGAAAACAUAUAACUAUAGCAUAUAAAGGCGAAUGCCCUGAUGAGUGCACAUGCACUGCUGACUAUAAUCCUGUUUGCGGAAGUGACGGAAACACAUAUAGUAAUAAAUGUGUUUUGGGGUGUAAAAAUAAAGAACAACAAAAACAAGGAGGAAAACAUAUAACUGUAGCAUAUAAAGGAGAAUGUUCUGAUGUAUGUGCAUGUCCUCUAAAUAUUGACCCCAUAUGUGGAACUGAUGGAAAAACCUACUCUAAUCAAUGUGAUCUUGAUUGUAUAAAUAAAAAAGGAAACCAAAAUAUAACAGUCGCUUAUGAAGGAGAAUGUUCUGAUGUAUGUGCAUGUCCUCUAAAUAUUGACCCCAUAUGUGGAACUGAUGGAAAAACCUAUUCUAAUCAAUGUGAUCUUGAUUGUAAAAAUAAAAAAGAUAAAUCUAACAUAAAAGUAGCAUAUAAAGGAGAAUGUUCUGAUGUAUGUGCUUGUCCAAAAAACUAUGAUCCUAUAUGUGGAACUGAUGGAAAAACUUACUCUAAUCAAUGUGAUCUUGAUUGUAAAAAUAAAAAAGAAAAAUGUUACAUAAAAGUAGCAUAUAAAGGAGAAUGUUCCGAUGUAUGUGCAUGUCCAUUGAACUAUGACCCUAUAUGUGGAACUGAUGGAAAAACCUAUUCUAAUCAAUGUGAUCUUGAUUGUGAAAAUAAUAAGCGAAAGAAAAAUAACCAAUCUAUUAUCCAUCUAGCUUAUAAAGGGGAGUGUGAGGACGGUUGUUUCUGUAUAGAAGUUUAUCAACCAGUGUGUGGCAGCGACGGCAAAACUUAUGGAAAUAGCUGUAAGCUGGGGUGUAAAAAUAAAGAACUAGAAAGAAACAAUCAAACUACUAUACGCCAAGUUUAUGAAGGAGAGUGUGACGAAGGUUGUUUCUGUAUAGAAGUUUAUCAACCAGUGUGUGGCAGCGACGGCAAAACUUAUGGAAAUAGCUGUAAGUUGGGGUGUAAAAAUAAAGAACUAGAAAGAAACAAUCAAACUACUAUACGCCAAGUUUAUGAAGGAGAGUGUGACGAAGGUUGUUUCUGUAUAGAAGUUUAUCAACCAGUGUGUGGCAGCGACGGCAAAACUUAUGGAAAUAGCUGUAAGCUGGGGUGUAAAAAUAAAGAACUAGAAAGAAACAAUCAAACUACGAUACGCCAAGUUUAUGAAGGAGAGUGCGACGAAGGUUGUUUCUGUAUAGAAGUUUAUCAACCAGUGUGUGGCAGCGACGGCAAAACUUAUGGAAAUAGCUGUAAGUUGGGGUGUAAAAAUAAAGAACUAGAAAGAAACAAUCAAACUACUAUACGCCAAGUUUAUGAAGGAGAGUGUGACGAAGGUUGUUUCUGUAUAGAAGUUUAUCAACCAGUGUGUGGCAGCGACGGCAAAACUUAUGGAAAUAGCUGUAAGCUGGGGUGUAAAAAUAAAGAACUAGAAAGAAACAAUCAAACUACGAUACGCCAAGUUUAUGAAGGAGAGUGCGACGAAGGUUGCUUCUGUAUAGCAGUUUAUCAACCGGUGUGUGGCAGCGACGGCAAAACUUAUGGAAAUAGCUGUAAGCUGGGGUGUAAAAAUAAAGAACUAGAAAGAAACAAUCAAACUACGAUACGCCAAGUUUAUGAAGGAGAGUGCGACGAAGGUUGUUUCUGUAUAGAAGUUUAUCAACCAGUGUGUGGCAGCGACGGCAAAACUUAUGGAAAUAGCUGUAAGUUGGGGUGUAAAAAUAAAGAACUAGAAAGAAACAAUCAAACUACUAUACGCCAAGUUUAUGAAGGAGAGUGUGACGAAGGUUGUUUCUGUAUAGAAGUUUAUCAACCAGUGUGUGGCAGCGACGGCAAAACUUAUGGAAAUAGCUGUAAGCUGGGGUGUAAAAAUAAAGAACUAGAAAGAAACAAUCAAACUACGAUACGCCAAGUUUAUGAAGGAGAGUGCGACGAAGGUUGCUUCUGUAUAGCAGUUUAUCAACCGGUGUGUGGCAGCGACGGCAAAACUUAUGGAAAUAGCUGUAAGCUGGGGUGUAAAAAUAAAGAACUAGAAAGAAACAAUCAAACUACGAUACGCCAAGUUUAUGAAGGAGAGUGCGACGAAGGUUGUUUCUGUAUAGAAGUUUAUCAACCAGUGUGUGGCAGCGACGGCAAAACUUAUGGAAAUAGCUGUAAGCUAGGAUGCAGAAACAAAGAACUGGAAAAAAAUCAUCAGCCAACUAUCUGCCAAAUUCAUGAGGGAGCAUGUGAUGACGGAUGCGAUUGCAAUGCUGCAGUUCAGCCGGUUUGUGGUAGCGAUGGACAAACUUACAUAAAUGAAUUUGAAUUGUCUUGUGUAAGUAGAAAUUUGGUUGAAAACGGUUUAUCUCCUUUAACUGUUUUUAAUCGAGACCUUUGCCAAUACCCGUGUAGAUGUUACAAUAGUAUCAUUCCUGUUUGUGGAACCGAUAACAAAUCGUACCAGAAUCUUUGCGUUCUACAAUGCGCCAGUCGCAACAACCAAGAACUAAAAAUCGGUUUGCAGUACAGAGGAGCAUGUCAGAGUUGUUCCUGCCCAAAAAUAUAUGAACCAGUUUGUGGAAGUGACGGCAACACAUAUGAUAACGAAUGCAAACUAAACUGUGAAAGUAAGAGAGUUGAAAAAUUGGGUCAACACUUAUAUGUCGCUUAUAGAGGCGAAUGUGAAUGCUUUUGUCCUGAUAUCGACGAUCCAGUUUGUGCAAGCGAUGGAAACACAUAUGGUAACAAAUGCGCCCUUGACUGCGAAAACAAAGUACGUAGUCGUCAUAACGAAAAGCCUCUAACUAUAUCGUAUCAAGGACAAUGUCAUGCAUACAAUUAUUUCAACUGCGAUGCCUGUCCCCACCUGUUUCGCCCCGUAUGCGGUGACAAUGGCAUCUCCUAUUGGAACAUUUGUUUCUUGUACUGCGACGCCGUUAAUAAUGUAAAAAAUAAAAGAUCACCAGUUAAGUUUUGUGAUCUUGGCCCUUGUUAACUGCUUCUAUUCAAUCACGCAAUCAUUGAUAAUUGUUUAACUACAUAAUUACUUUAUUUAAUCUAGUAUAAUAAUUUGUAUUGAGUUUCAAAUUUAAUGCGCAGUUAGGGCAAUACAUAUUACGAAAUCAAUAAACAAUACUUAAUGUUAUGUAGAAUUGUUGAAAUCAAUAAAAUCAUUUGUUUAUUUA